AUCUCAUCUCUAUCCCCACGCCAACAUUUAACAGUUACACCAUGGCCAAAUCCGCCUUUUGGAACUCGGUCCGCAAGGCCCUCACUGUGAACCCCAAAGUCUCAACUGGAAUGCCCGACGCCAAAGAGUUUCGUUUUAUCGCUCCUGGCGGCCAGCCCAAGCCCCAUGUCCCCAAAGAUCCCUUGGCUAGCGACAUUGCACAAAACCCUUACUAUGGACGUGAUGUCAGGAGAAACUAUCCUCGUCUGGCUGUCUACUCUCAGGAGGAGGUCGCUGGAUUGAUCGCUGCCAAGGAAGCCCUGGCUAUUGGAUCUGGAGAGUCGGCUCUUGCCAAGACUGGCGAGAAUAUCUCCUUGACUGAGGUUCUCCAGAAUGCAAAGUCACCCCUGUACACACCCACCAACUUGCCCCCUACGCCCGUCAUCCGUAACUACAAGUGGACCGCUUCCCCAGACCAGCCUCCCGUUGCCAGUGGUACCUACUGGACCAUGCGCAACAUGAAAACCGCCAAGUAAAUGGGCAGACCAUAACGAACCACGGCAACUACUCAUCAAACAACCAGGAGAAGAAGGAGGAUAUUACAACGGAAAAACUUGAUCGGAUUUCAUUGGAGGCAUGCUUCUUCGUCAUCCUUAUCCUGGUUUCCCACUCCCCACUCGUAACUAUAUCCGUCAACAAAUCAACGCGAAACACUAAACAACAAGCACGAAAAAUAAUGAAAUUCAACGGCGGCUAUCAACUCUAGACGAUAUCAACUGUCAGCAUUGUUUUUUGAGCA